CAGCAUUUUUUUGUGGUUGAUGGAUACAUAUAAAAGGUAUUCUAAUUUCUUCAUUAGCAAGAUCUUCUUUACCGGAUAUACAAAGAAUGUCAGAUGCCUUUCAGUCGUCUCCAGGGUUGAAAGGCGAAGCUGGAUAUUUUACCUUUCCAAAGAGGAGGUUGCAAGACUUUAUUUUACCAAAACCGGUGAACUUCAAGGCUAAAUGGAGUUCUUCAAGAGCCAAGUUCACAUCAAAGCAUGAAUGGAUUAAGACUAUUUUCAGAGGUGUAACCCCAAACCAAGCAAAAGAUUCCAGAGGCCUUGGAACUGACUCUCCCAUGGUUUCGGAUACAACAACUCUAGUCCGAAUCGCAAGUUGCAACGUUUCAAGUAUGUCAUCCAGUCAAAGCUAUACAGAUUUUCAAGUUCCAAUGAAAAACAACCUCAGCACUGGUGCUACCAUUGCUAGAAAAAAAUCAUUCUUGACGAAUAUCAGACAAAAGAUAUAUGGGGAACAAAACAAGGAGAUUGAGGCAGACGAACCAAAGAUUUUGACCAGUACUAAAGAAGAAACGCAAAAAGUGCAAAAUUCCACCAACACCGUUUUCGAUGGUAUUAUCCUAAAUGACCCUAGUUUAUUAAAAUGUGAACGUGAUCCAAAUAACACCUUAUUGGAAAUGUCAUCUGCUCUUUACGAAUCACACUAUGAUCAUUCCUGUGCUUUACCAGAGUUACCAAAAGAGCUUCCAGAAAACCAGCAUAAAAAAUGGGAGAGAAGUCAAAAACUCAGAAGAGCAGCUUCCAGGUCACAAUCCAAGCUUCUGCUAGUUUCUAGCAAGAGCCUUGAAAACAUUAAUAGUAGAAGGAAGGUCUCUGAACUAACCACAUCUGCUAACGAAACCAAAGCUCUUUCUACUAGAUUAAAUCCAGUCGACUUGAUUCCAAAAACGUCUAGAGAUCUUUUGAAAGCCACUACCCAGGUCAGUGAUAUCAAAUCUUCGGGUGUUGCCGUAACAAACGCACCCACCAUGUCAGGUAUCUACAAAAUUAAUGAAGCUACACCAAACACUCGAAAGCGUCAUAAACCCAGGCUCAGACUUCUCUCCGAGAGCUCUGAUCCAAAGAUCAUGGCUAGUCUUGACUUCAGCUACUUGGAGAAAAUGAGAAAAAAAUUGAACAUGCUGACGCAUAGGCCAUAUCAAAACUGAUGGACCUCUGAUCUUUCAAGCUGCUAAAGUUAUCUAUUUAGACCUGAGCUUUCUAAUAUAUAAAGUAAACGCAUAUGUUGUAAGUUAAUUGUAUUUCUGCGUACUGAAAAAAAAAAAAUGUGUGUC